ACUGCUCACUAGUCGUUGUUGUUGUCCCGACCAAAUUUAAUGCUACUCUCUCUCUCUCUCUCUCUCUCUCUCUGUGGGGGUGAUGGAUCUCGAGAUCUCGCUGCGAGCUAGGGUUUAGGAUUUCAUGACCCGAGAUCGCCAGCGGCCUUCUUCUCCUCCGGCGGCGGCGGAAAAAUGCGGCCAGCGGCGGGGCGGAACGCAGGGCUCUGCUGAUGGUCUCGUCGAGAAAGGAAUAGACGAAGAUGAAUGUUAUUUUGAUCUUGAUCUCUCUCUGCCUCGUCCCUUCGGCUUCUGCAAGGCAAACACCCACAGGUCUAGCUACUGUUCCAUCUGUCCUGCCUAAAGUUUCUAUGAUAUCUUCGGCACCUGCACAGGCUCCAGCUUAUUCUCCAGAAAGACAUUCUCUGACACCUGCGCCUUCUCCAGCUAUUUCUCCAGAAACUCAUGGCCACUUUCGACGCCAUUAUGGAUCAAAACAUCACAAGAGCAUUCCACAUGCAGUACCAUCACCGUCAUUUACCCCACUGCAAGAUCCAGGUUGUGAUGAGGUCUCCUGUGAUGAGCCAUUAACUUUAACUCCAAUUGGAUCACCAUGUGGCUGCAUAUUGCCUAUGCAAGUCAAAGUUGAUUUUGAUGUAGCACCGUAUCAAUUAUUCUCUAGGACUGCGGAACUGGAAGUGGAGGUUGCAGAUGGCACAUUUCUGAAACAAAGUCAAGUAAGAAUUAUGGGUGCCAGUGCCAGCAUUGAGUAUCCAGGAAAGACAACAGUUACUAUUGAUUUGGUUCCACUGGGAGAAAAAUUUGAUAAUAUGACUGCAUUGUUGACCUAUGAAAGAUUUUGGCAGAAGAAGAUACCAAUAAACACAACUGUUUUCGGCGACUACACUGUCAUAUAUGUUCAGUAUCCAGGACUGCCUUCCACUCCACCAUCUAUGUCUGCGUCCUUAGGCCCUAGUGGAAUUGGGGAUAACCGGGAUCCUUUUACUGCAAAUGUGCCACAUAGUAAGACACAGAAGAUGAAUCCUAAAAUCAUUGCUGUGAUUGCACUUUUCUCGUUGCUACUUGUGUUAAUAGGCUUCGUAGCUAUUUGUAUAUUCUGGAGGUGUAAGAAACUUGGGAGAGCAUCUACUGUGAUUGGACCUGCAUUUACAUCGUCAGUUGUUCGGAAAACAGGAAUCCGGUCCAUAAUAUCAAGCAGCGCAACAAGCUUUGCUUCAAUAUCCUCUAUCUCCACAAUGGUUCCUUGCCCUUCCUCUGUCAGGACAUUUUCGAUAGCUGAACUAGAGAAGGCCACAGAUAAGUUCAGCUCUAGAAAAGUCAUAGGCGAAGGCGGUUUUGGUCGUGUCUACCUUGGUAUCUUAAAUGAUGGAAGCGAGGUUGCUAUUAAGUUGCUUAUGAGAGAGGACACUGGAGAUCGUGAGUUCAUUGCAGAAGUUGAGAUGCUUAGCAGGUUGCAUCAUCGUAAUCUUGUGAAACUGAUCGGUAUAUGCAUUGAAGGGCACAAACGAUGCUUGAUUUAUGAGCUUAUUCGGAAUGGGAGUGUGGAGUCUCAUCUGCAUGGCAAUGACAAGAUGAAGGCGCCUCUUGACUGGGAUGCCCGGAUGAAAAUUGCCCUUGGCGCAGCAAGGGGAUUGGCAUACCUGCAUGAGGACUCCAACCCUCGUGUCAUACACCGUGAUUUUAAGGCUAGCAAUGUUCUACUGGAAGAAGAUUUCACCCCCAAAGUUUCAGAUUUUGGGCUUGCCAGGGAAGCAUCAGAAGGAACCCACCAUAUUUCUACUAGAGUCAUGGGGACUUUUGGGUACGUCGCUCCUGAAUAUGCAAUGACCGGUCACCUCCUUGUCAAGAGCGAUGUAUACAGCUAUGGUGUUGUACUCCUUGAGCUUCUCUCCGGAAGAAAACCCGUCGACAUUUCUCAGCCUCACGGAUCUGAGAACCUCGUAACCUGGGCAAGACCUCUUCUCACCACAAAAGAAGGGCUGGAGCAAUUAAUAGACUCAUCUCUAGGCCCAAGUUAUGAUAUCGACACCAUGGCUAAAGUCGCAGCCAUAGCUUCCUUAUGUGUACAUAUCGAAGCAUCACAAAGACCUUUCAUGGGUGAAGUCGUCCAAGCGCUGAAGCUUAUAUACAAUGAUGUCGAUGAAACUUGCGAAGAUUCCUGCAGUCAAAGGGAAUCAUCGUCGGGCCAUGGCCCGGAAGGAAGUUGGUGGAAUGGAAGUAGUCCACAUUUUGUGGACAAUUAUAACACCAUGGAAUAUAGUUCGGGUUAUGUAGAAGGGCUACAGAGACCCCAUUCCGAGUCAUUAGCAGGGGGGUAUAAUAGAUCGGGUCCCUUGAGAACAAAGAAGCAAAAGUCUGAUUUCUAUAGAUUGAGAGGAAGUGUGAGUGAACAUGGGCAUCAACAAUAUAGAAGAUCUUGUUAUGAUGGGAGUUGGAUUUGAGUGUUGGAAAAUCUCUUUCCAUUGUUUUUAUUCUUUUCUUUGUUUUACCCUUUGCUUUUGUUUUCAAAUGUAUAGUUUCGAUAGGUGUUUUGUUGUUGUUGUACCAGUGAGGUGUUUGCCAUGGCAUCUUAAUUUUGUAUGCCGUGAUUCAUGUGAGGGAUGUUGGUGUUAUUUCGUUGUACCCUGUGUUGUUAUGGAUGUCUUAUUGAAGCUUACAAUGCUAAUGAGAUCAUAUUAAUCUCGUGAUGUUAA